AUUGUUGUGAGUGCGCACAGGGGCUGCGACACAUGUAUACUGCCGUAUUUCGCACAUGACUAUAAAAAGGCGGAAGAGGAAGUAGUUCCUUCGAACGUAGACAAUCCGAAUGAUAUAGUUUCUUUCCACUGUGUUCCUGUUAAUGAUAAACUACAAACCUAUCCUAAAUUACUAAAAUAUCAAUAUUUUAAUAUGAGAAUCGAUUCUAGAACAUAAAUGACUGGUAUCGGAGGAAUUGAUAUUUCAGUAUCGAUCCGCACAUCACUAUGAAGAAGUCAGGCGUGACAUGUGAGGGUGAUGCAGGGCAUUUAUGAGGCCAGAGCGACGGUGGUGAGACGUGCUGUGCUGCUGAUGAACCACCAUAAACAGGUCCCAUGUAGUACUGCAGUAAAGGAAGGCUUCCAGCUGCAGCGAGUCUCACUGAACCAUGCCCGACAGGAUCUAAUAUCACAUUUCGAUAAACACCCUCUGCGCGAACAAGCGACAACGGGCGCAACCGGCUGUUUGAUAAAGCGCACCCCCAACCGAUUGGCUACGGGUUUUGUGACGUUACCGGAUGUAGAGAGAAUACAGUGGUCCACCGUAACGCAAGGAAAGAAAGCAAGCAUGAGGAUUUCCAACAGUCACCUGCAGCAGCUCACCAUCUUCACCACCAUGCUGACGGGUGGAGGGAUCGGCACAAUGUACUACCUGCUACAGAAGAACUUUGCUGAGUCAGACUACCAUAGGCUGGCUUUGCUGGAGUUGGAGGCAUGUCCAGUUGCCAUGGAAAGUCUGGGGGCGCCACCUUUAAAGGUCCACAACAUCCAUCUGACUGACAGAUACAACCAUGUAGAUAAGCACACUGCACAGAUAAAGAUUCCUGUGACAGGGAUUAAAACCGGAGGCUAUCUGUACACGUCUUCACUGAGAGAUCCCAACACAAACAGGUGGAAUCUGAAGCAAGCAGUUCUAAAGCUCAGGGAAGGAAAUGUCAUUGACCUGCUGAAUCCUCCAUCAACUACAGCACAAGCCCACGCAGCAGGGCACACAGACGGGGUAGACAUAGGCCGCUGGCACUGACCAGCUUUAUGAACAAACAACUAUGCCUGCUAGAGGAAGCAGGCGCUGAAGAUGUUUUGAACUAUAUUUACUCCACAUUUAUUGUAUGGUCAUCUUUUAGGGGAAGCAUCAAGAAGAAAAGCUCUGUCAGUGCCACGGACUGCUGCAGACUGUUGUAGCUGAUUUUGAUUACAUGGUGUCAGAGCUGAGAUGACUUGUGCACUCACUGCUGCCUCUGUCACAAAUCAUUAGAAAUGUACAAAUAUGCACCAAUCAAUAAAUGUUACAAAUGUAUUAGUUUCUAAUGAUCCAUAAUUAAUUUUCACACAGACUUGCAGAUGUGUGUGUCUGUAUGUGUUCAGGGGAAACGGCAUGAUAUUCAUAAAACAGGACGUAAAGCUGUGGUUUCACUUUUACCAUAACCUUCUGCUUCCUGUGCAGAUGUAGAGCGAACACACAACCACCAAUAUAAAGAAUGCAUGUUUGCCAUGCUCGGCUUUCUGUGGUUUCUCUUCAGCUUUUUAUCCUGUUAUUUUUGCACUCGGUCUCAGUCAAAAUUUCCAAAAUAACAAAUUUCCAAAAUAACAACGCUUGAAGCUGUGUGCGUGUGGAUGCAUUAUUAUUUGGUCAUAAUACUUUUCCUACUGUCACAAAGAUUUUCAGACAAUGUUUUAUGGAAAUGGUUGGACAUGUACACUCAGAUCAUUACAUUUUAGGACAGUGACACAGUUUUUUUUGUCUCUGCACAGCGCCACAGUGGAUUUUACUUCAACCAGCAUGUGAUUCAACUACAGACUUUUAGUUUUAACAAAAGAACAGAUUCAUUUUAAGUAAAGGAACUGUUGUUUAAUACUUGGAUGAAUGAACAUCACCAAAUACAGUUUUCUGUUCUUCCUGUGUUGUUUCGUGCAGGUGCAGAAGUUCUUCCUUUUUUCCUGCCUGUCAGCUUAGACAUUGUCAUACUGCACGUAAACUAUAACAGAUGAAAUAACACUAAUAGAAAUGAAUACAUAAAGAGAUAAAAGAAACCUGGGAACAAGAGGAGCCUGUAGAGAAUUUAUAGGGCUCUGACUGCAAAAGCUUACUGACAAGACAAUAUAUUAAAAAGAACAAAGUUCAUAACUUCAUAUUAAAAUUUCAGGUCUGGAAAACACAUUAAGGUUCAGUUUAAUGACAAGUUGGUCUGUUUCUAUAUUUAAAAAUAAAUGACACGAUGACCUGAUGAUCUCCUUCCUGAGCUGACAUCCUGGCUUCCUCUUGCUGUUGCGUGUGUGUUGUACCUCAUCUGAAUGUUGAACGACGAGUUGUUUCGACUUUAGUGUAGAUGGUUCAAAGAUUCCAUACAUCCCACAUCCUCUUCAUGUAACCCCUUCUGCUUAUUACAUAGGUAUUAGCAUCUCAUUAUAUAUUAGUGUUCUAUAUCAGAUGUAUAUGUUAUAUGACAACAUGAAAACAAUGACAUUCUGAAAACUCUACUUUUAUGUCCAGCUCGCACUGGGACAGUUUGUGUGAGGCGGCAGGAAUGAGAAUCAGCACUUCCAAGUCUGAGGCCACGGUCCUCAGCCGGAAAAGGGUGGAGUGGCUGCCCCAGGUGGAGGAGUUUAAGUAUCUUGGGGUCUUCUUCAUGAGUGAGGGGAGCAGGAGAUCCAUAGAUGGAUGGGUGAUGCAGCCACUGUGCCGGUCCAUCGUGGUGAAAAGUGAGCCAAGCGUAAAAGCAAAGCUCCCAAUUUAUUACAUCCAUACCCUCACCUGUGGUCAUGAGCUGGUAGCGACCAAAAGAAUGAGGUCACGGAUACGAGUGGAGGAAAUGAGCUUUCUCUGAAGGGUGGCUGACCUCUCCCUUAGAGAUGGGGUGAGGAGUUCAUCUGUGAGGGGCUCAGAGUAGAGCUGCUGCUGCUGAAAGGAGCCAGUUGAGGUGGUUCGGGCAUCUGACAAGGAUACCUCCUUUGUGAGGUGCGGGCAUGUCCCACCAGAUGGCGUACCUAUCACUGCUGCCACUGCAGAACAAAUUGAAAUUGAUAGAUACUUCUUUGGUAGACUCUGUACUAAAUGUCAUGAUGCAUGCUCAAUUAUCCAGGUAGCUUUUAAACCCCAAAACACGCUGCGCCAAAAAUUGGUCCACCCCAAGGAUCGGGUCCCCCGACACAAACAGAGUAACAUAGUGUACGCUGUUAAGUGCAGGAGAAUUGUCAGGAUUUAUACAUCGGGGAAACCAAACAACCUCUGGCUACAACACAGAAGAGCUACCUCGUCAGGCCAGGACUCUGCAGUCUAUUUACACCUACAGGCCAGUGGACACUCUUUCAAUGAUGAGGAUGUAACAUCCUGGACAGGGAGGAACGCUGGUUUGAGGGCGGAGUCAAGGAGGCCAUUUACGUGAAAAGGGAAAGACCAUCUCUGAAUGGAGGAGGGAGCCUAAGGGUACAUCUGUCACCAUCUUACAAUGCUGUGAUUGCAGCCAUUCCCCAACUCUCUGUG